AUGUCGACAGAAUAUAAAGAGUUCCAGAAUGAGGCUGAUGCUGAUGAUGGGGCCAACUGUCCGCCCACCCAGCCCCAACCUGCACAGGGCGAUGCCCCGCCCCAACCAGAACAGGGCUAUGAUGCGCCGCCCCCGUACAAUGACCCAAACCAUGGAGCUCCAGGCCUGAACUAUCCGCCUGAGCACGCGGCGCCGACGAUGGUUCAGGUAGUCGCGCCUCGGCCUCAAACCAUCAUAUCCACUACCGCUGUCUGCCAGCCUAACGAUUACUUCGGAUUGGCACUCUUUGUGACCUUCUGUUGCUGCCUGCCCCUCGGCAUUGUGGGAUUGAUCAAGUCCAGUGCUGUGCGCAACCGUUUCAUGGUUGGGGACAUCGCCGGCGCGGAGCAAGCCUCCAGGGAAGCCCAGACGUACUCCCAGUAUGGGCUUGGCAUCGGCAUCGGUUUCUUGUCCCUGAACGUUGUUGUUGGUGUAGUGUACGCCGCGACGAUUUAA